ACUGAUUAUCAUGAUCAGAUACAUUAAAUAUUUAUAUCUGUGUGUGUGUGUGUGUAUAUAUAUAUAUAAAACGCCACAGCAGGGGCAUUCUCGCCCUCUUGGCGUACGAACAAGCCAGCAGUCCCGUAGAAGAAACAGAGCAGAGAAAAUUACACGAAGUCCGUCAAUUCUUUUCACCAUCUUGAAAAGUGGUUCAGAAAAUCCCAAAUCCCAAUUUCUUAAAAUAAGAGAGCGAAGCCAGCUUCUGCUAAAAAGACAGAUCCUUCUUCUGGCGCCUUUUACUGCGCAUUCAAACUCCUAUCGUCCUUCAGCUUCUCCCACAAGCAAGAGACCCGGAGCCAAGGCCUCCUCUUUGGCUCUUUCCCUCUCUCUGGGUUGUCAACUAGUGUUCAAAUUUGAUACCUUUUCUUCGGUUAUUCUCAAGCUUGUCAUUCGACUGUCAUGGAGGACUGUACGGCCACCCAGUCUUUGAACUCGACGCAGGCCGAACUACACAUGGCAAGUACGGCCGACAUUAACAACCCCUCUUUUGCAAUGGGAGCUGUCGGAGUCCAGAACUCCGCCGUCGGAGGAAAUUCCGAGCCUAUCGGUUCGGAGGUUGGGUUGAAGAGGAGAAGGGGACGGCCUCGGAAGUACGAUGCAAACCUUUCGUCCCCAAAAUCGACGCCGUCGGGACUUUCAACUUCUCCAUCUUCUAAGCGAGGCAGAGGAAGGCCACGCGGCUCUGGAAAAUUGCAGAUUUUAGCUUCAAUGGGAGGAAUGUUUUCAGCCACAGCUGGAGGAAGCUUCGUCCCUCAUGUAGUGAUUGUGAAUCCUGGGGAGGAUGUUUUGGAUCGCAUAUUAUCAUUUUCUCGUAGAGGCCCUCGAGCUCUUUGCAUCCUCUCAGCUAUCGGUGCUGUAGCUGUUGUCCACAUUCGGCAACCUGAUUCUUCUGGUCAUUGUUUGAGAUAUCAGGGUCUCUUUGAGAUAAUAACGUUAUCUGGAUCUUAUACCUAUGGUGGCAUUGGUGGUGGUACACAUCGGAAAAGUCUCACCAUGAGUAUAUCGCUGGCUCAACCGGAUGGGAAGCUUUUCGGAGGUAGUGUUGGGGGCUCUUUGAUAGCGGCUGGCCGUAUUCAACUAAUUCUGGGCACUUUUAAGCAAAACAUCAGUAGUGAAAUUAAAAGGAGGCUGUCCCCUGGAUCUUCUGGUACUGCCGACAUGCCUGGUGAUUCAGAUUCAAGGAGGCUUUCCUUACAAGUUCCUAAACUGAUAGAAUCUGAACAGAGUUUCCCUUCGCCAACGUCCGGACUUAUGCCGACAUCUAAUGGACUGCCUGAUCAUGUCGCGCCUAGAACAUCUAAUGGAUUUCCAGACAACGUCUCUCCUGCAACAACUAAUGGAAAUGGGUUACCAGAUUUCUUUUCUCCUAAUCAAAGCAUGCACCCUACCUCGUUGAACGGUAGCGGCCUGGACUGUCAGAUCUUGCAGCCCUUGACAGAUCAAAUAACAUUUGGAGAUAAUUAAUAAUCGUGUCUCUCAGAUGUGAAGCUGUAAAACAGUCAUUUUUAAGAUUGCAUUUCUUCCUUCUUUCUUAUGCUAGGGUAGGUGCUGACUUAAAAGUGGGUUAUUUCUUUCUUUUUUUCUUUUUCGUUUUUAGUCUAGCUUUUCUGGUAGCGAAAAAUCUGCUAUUAUGACUCUUAACCGACGGACUUGUGAGAGAAAACCGAGGCCUGGUGAAUCUCACUUUUAGAGGUUGUAUUUCAAUCUUACCUCUCGUGUACAUGUGACAGGAGAGGAUUCAAAUUGGUUAUAAAGACGCCGUAUCUACCUGUAUGGCUGUCGCCUUCAAUAA